AUGUCUAAACCGUCCGUUGGCUUCGUCGGCCUUGGAGCCAUGGGCUUCGGCAUGGCCACCCACCUCGUGAAGGAAGGAUACCCAGUCCACGGAUAUGAUGUGUUCCCCGCAUCGGUGGAGCGCUUCAAGGCUGUAGGCGGAAUUCCAGCAUCGUCGCUAAUUGACUCCGCCCAAGACAAGGAGUUCUAUGUUUGUAUGGUCGCAUCAGCACCACAGGCGCAAAGCGUGCUUUUCGGCGAGGGUGGCAUUGUCAAAGCCCUUGGUCAAAAUGCAACCCUCCUCCUCUGCUCCACCGUCCCAGCUACCUACGCCCAAUCCGUCGCGGCAGAGCUCCAAUCCUGCGGCCGCGGCGACAUUCUCUUCAUCGAUGCGCCUGUGUCAGGCGGAGCCAAGCGCGCCGCUGAUGGUACACUGUCUAUCAUGGCGGGCGCAUCAGAUGCCGCAUUGGAGAGUGGACGAGUCCUGUUGCAGGCUAUGUCCGACUCGAACAAGCUGUACCUUGUCCCGGGUGGAAUCGGUGCAGGUAGCAACAUGAAGAUGGUGCACCAGGUUCUGGCGGGAAUUCAUAUUCUUGGUGCUAGUGAGGCACAGGGCUUUGCGGCGCAGCUAGGUCUCGAUGCGGUUAAGACUGCUGAUGCUAUUAAGGCUUCUGAUUCUUGGACUUGGAUGCAUGAGAAUCGUUUGCAGCGUAUGCUGGAGGAGGAUUGGCAUCCUGGUGCUAGUGCUUUGACUAUUAUUCUUAAGGAUGUGGGCAUUAUCACUACCUCUGCUCGCCAAAGCCAGUUCCCUACUCCUCUUUGCUCGACCGCUGAACAGGUCUAUCUCUCUGCUCUACUGCAAGGAUACGGAGCAGUGGAUGACUCGUCCAUGGUGCGCCAGUACUUCGCCAACCCAAUUACAAAGGCCUCUAGCACGAAGUCCGUCGAGGAAACUGCUGAAGCACUCCAGCUAGUUUUGGACUUAAUGGAAGUUACCAAUCUUGUUGCAGCCGCUGAGGCUAUUGCAUUUGCCCGCUACCUCCAUGUCGAUCUCAAGCAGUUCUUCACCCUUGUCAGUGAUGCUGCUGGAGCCAGUCGGCAGUUCAUGACAAAGGGUUUGGAGAUGAUUGAGGGACAUACUGAACAGGGCGCUGGCUCUGAGACUAUUGAUGCUGCUAUUUCUCGACUAGAGAAGGCCUCGCAGAAGGCUCGUGAUCUUCACUGUCCGUUGAAUCUGGGAAAUGCGGCUUUGAGUGUGCUGUACAUGUCUAAGAGGGCGGGAUUGGGUGCUGAGGGGAGUACCAGUGUGAUGAAGACUUUUGGAAACUAA